UCAGUGCUGCGUGCUGCUCGUCGUGGGACAGCGCUGUUUUUCGGAUACUGGCGCCUGCUAUGGCUCUUCCUGCUUCACGAGGAACUUGUAAAAAAAGUGGUGUAACACUCGUGCUGCUUUGUUAGCCUUGGCACGACAUGGUUGCCGGAGAAUGGAAACGGACGACGUAUCCGUUAGGGAGCAGAUCUUCCACGAGCGGGUUCGGGAGACCAUCAUCUGCGUGCUGCUUUUCGCCUGCCUCUACAUCGUCUCCUACUUCAUCAUCACUCACUUCAAGAAGAACGCGGAGUUUGUGACUGAUGACACGGAGGAAGCCACGGUCAAUAGAAUUGCGCUGUGGCUGUGCACCUUCACGCUCUCCGUAGCGUUGGGCGCUGUCCUCCUCCUGCCCAUCUCCAUCCUGUCCAACGAGAUCCUCCUCUCCUUCCCAGAAUGCUACUACAUGCAGUGGCUCAAAGGCUCCCUCAUCCACGGGCUCUGGAAUCUCGUGUUCCUCUUCUCAAACCUUUCCCUGGUCGUCCUCAUGCCUUUCGCGUACUUCUUCACCGAGUCUGUGGGUUUUGUCGGCUCCAAGAAGGGUGUGAUGGCGCGGGUGUAUGAGACAGCUGUGGUGCUCCUGCUUCUCACUCUCCUAGUGCUGGGUAUAGUGUGGGUGGCGACAGCCCUCCUCUACCACGACACGGCCAGAGAGAGCCUCUACGACCUGUGGGAGUAUUACCUGCCCUACCUGUACUCCUGCAUUUCGCUCUUCGGGGUUCUUCUGCUCCUCUUGUGUACGCCCUUUGGACUGUCGCGCAUGUUCAGCGUGACGGGAAGCCUGCUGGUAAAGCCACGGCUGCUGGAGGACGUGGAGGAUACGGUGGACUGUGCCGUGUUCGAGGAGGCUGCUCUUUCCAGAAAGAUCAGCAGUAACGCCUCCUGCUGGAAGAGCCUGAACGCGGAGGCAGCGAAGAGACAGCUCCUCAACAUCCGGGCUCGACGCAUCGCUCUCGAGAUGCGGAAGAGAGCGUCGCCUUGGCAACGUAAUCUGGGUUACCCCCUCGCCAUGCUGCUGCUGUUAGCUCUCACGGUAAGGAGCGUCAAACGCCGUGGUAUAUUUGGGUGCAGCGGACCACUGGGAGGUGCAGUCGAUGCCCUAAAAGACUUUUUUGCUUUCUUUUUUGUUGGUCCCCUUCUUCAUCUCCUGUAUCAGGUGGUCUGUGUGCUAAUGGUCAGUUUCCAUGUGCUGGAGCUGCUGUUUGAUGAAUCAGCCAUGCCCAGAGGGAUGGAGGACCCUCUCCUCGGCGCAGCCUCUUUCUCGAUGUUUGGAUCGUUGGGAGCUGCAGUCCAGGUUGUCCUCAUACUGUAUCUGAUGGUGUCGUCAGUAGUGGGCUUCUACAGCUCGCCCCUCUUCGCCGGGCUGCUCCCCCACUCUCAGGACACCAAUCUGACACAGAUCAUCGGGAACUGCAUCUCACUGCUGGUGCUCAGCUCGGCGCUGCCAGUCUUCUCUCGAACCCUGGGUAUCACGCGAUUUGACCUGCUGGGCGACUUUGGGCGCUACAACUGGCUGGGAAACUUCAAAAUUGUGUUUCUUUACAACAUGCUGUUCGCGGGACUGACUUCAGCAUCUCUCAUCAACACCGUGACCUGGGCUGUGCAGCGGGAGCUCAUACGGGCCUUUGGUCUCCAUAAACUCCAGAAACUGCCUUUGACGGUGUCUCGUACCACAGUCCCCUUCAGGCUGCUCUUGGCCAGCGGGUUGUCAAAGAUUCAAUGACGCCGCCCUCUCUCCUGUAUCUGAGCCAGACUGGGCCCGGAAUCUUCCGCACCGUGUUUGACGCGAGCCGUCCCUCGGACUAGAGGCGCGUCAUCUCCGGGUUGGACAAAACCGUACCGCUCCACGAACGCGUGGCGGCUCGGUUCCGCAGACGGCGGAACGACGCGAGAGGCAGGGGCUCUUGUUCCGGGGACCAACGCGGUUCGAUUCCACCUCUGCGAAGCGGAGGUGUGGAUGGAUUUGUCGCGACAACGGGAGUCGUUCCCGUUAAGGUUGGACGCGCUCGCGCCCAACGGCGUGGAAUUGUGCUGCUCGAGCGGCGCCUUCUGCUGAAUGAACAAAAGAUGUAGAAAGGGAAAUUGGAUUAUGAACUCAGCAAAUCUUUUUGGGACGUGACGUCACGGCUGAGACGUUAUUUCCUCUUCCCGGCUCGUUCUGGAUUCUAUUCUUGCCCUGGCAGGAAGGUUCACAUUGGAUACUUCCUGUCCCUGACAAAACUCUCUCCUCCGCUGCCCUAACGCCUCCUACUUUAUGAACACACCGUUUUGUUUUUUUUUUUUUGUUCCAGGGUGGUGUUUCCCCUUACCUUUUUCAUCCCGUAAAGGCUGUUUCCUGUCUUCAUCCCCCCCCCCCCCGACUGGUCCAAAGUGAUUUGCACUUAAUUGGGGAAAGAGCCCCCCGAAUGAAAACGUGACCUCACGGCCAACGUUCAACGGAGGCGAGAGGGAGAACUCGGAACUUUCCCGCAGUUUUAGAGUUCUUUACGUUUUUAGUGAAGUGGCCUUUAAAAGAGGAAGCUGCCUAGUUGGAGACACUCCAUCCUACUUGAAACCUCAGUGGACACAAGUGACACCGGCCAUGGUGACCCAGGCCCUGUGGCCAAGAACGCCUGUCUACUCUGUGUGAGAGUGUGUGUGAGUGUGAGAGAGAGAGAGACACCUAAGUGCAAUAUUGCUGUGUAAGGGAAGUCACAUCUGGGUGUGGUUAAAAAAAAAAAAACAUUCACUUGCUCCCCCAUCUGUUUCAUUGUUAAUGAUGUAGAGGUCUGAGUGACUUUUCCCUCUUACAUCAGUGUCUGUGACGUUAUAGAAUUAUUAAAUAUUGUUGUGUUUUGGC